AUGGUGCACAUGUUCAACCGGACACCUGAUGCUUCGUCUACUGGUGGUGUUGUGAAGCCGAUUGAUGCAUCAGUUCAGAAAACCACACCGGGCCUGCCAAAGGCUCAACCGAGUAAUGCAGUUCCGCUCAGUUCUGGCACCUUUGGUUCCGGCUCUUCUACACCUGUUAAGGGUUCGGCUGAUGCUUCUAGGGCAUUUCCUCUUCAGUUUGGGUCAAUUAGUCCCAGUGUUAUCAACGGAAUGCAGGCUCGUAUUGAUUCCUUAAAGGCUGCAUCUUCCCAAAAUUCAGAUGUUCCGAAACAACGCUUGAUAUGGAAAUUACAAUAACAUGGUGUUUACAAGUAGCAUGAAUAAAACACUUGGGGAAUCAUACAACAUCAGAACUAG